CGCCGACGGAAUGUCCAAGAACGGGUUUAUUACCAGUAUCCGGCGGUUAAUAAGCCCCGAAGAGCGGCCGGCGAGGAUCACGCCGAGUCCGUUUGAGCAACUCCGUCAGCAGAUGGACGAUGUCCUGGGGGACGGAGGCAUCCUGAAGGAGGUGGUCCAAUCCGGAGAAGGCCCGCCUAUACCUGAAAAUGCUUCCGUAUUGAUCCAUUACUCGGGUUUCCUGGAAUAUUCUCACCGGCCUUUUGAGACCACCACGCACUUCAAGUACCCCCGGAUGAUGAAGUUAGGGAGAGAUGUGACGCUGGCCGGACUGGAGAUGGGUCUGCUGACCAUGCGGAGAGGAGAGUUUGCGCGUUUCCUCUUCCAGCCCCAGUACGCCUACGGGGACAUGGGCUGUCCUCCGCUCAUUCCCCCCGCUGCUGUGAUUCUCUACGAGAUUCAGAUCCUCGACUUCCUCGACUCGGGACAAGUGGACAACUUCAUCGCGAUGAGCCCGGAGGAACAGAACACAGUUGCUCUGGCGACGCUCCUCGAAGUUGUCUGCACACUGCGCAGCUUCGGCAACCGUUGCUUUAACCAAAGCCGCUACGACGACGCCAAAGAUCGUUAUAAACAGGCAACGAUGCUGCUAGGGAACAGGGAAACCCAGAGCGCUGCUGAGAUGGAGACGAUCAAGAUGGCACUGCUUCCGCUCUAUCUGAACCUUUCUCUCACUGAGCUGCGUCUGGACAGACCGCACAAAGCGCUCAAGUAUGGGAACAAAGCCUUGGAGAUCGACUCUGCCAACACAAAGGCUCUGUUCCGCUGUGGCCAGGCGUAUCUGGAGCUCCAUGAGUACGAGAGCGCCCAGGAUUACCUCAUAACUGCUCAAGCAAAGAAGCCCUUUGACAGUGACAUCAACAGCCUACUGAGGAAAGUGGCCAUAUGCUAUAAGGACAGCUUGGACAAACAGAAGGACGUGUACUCAAAGAUGUUCAGAGACUUGAGGGGCGAGUGAAGAUUCAUUGAUGGGUGAGAAGAUGACUAAAAGCCAUUCUCUCCAGUACUGCAAAUUCUGAAAGUUCACCUUUUUUUUGUAUUUAUUUUGUGUGCAUAUGUUGCGAAUUAAUGUUAUAAAGAUACAUUUUUACUUACUUUCUCAAAGAAUUAUUAAAGUUACUAAUUAAACUCAACCGUUCCGUUUGAGGCUUUUCUGGAAUUAGCUUCCUCUUAGAAAACUUAAAUAUGACGGCUGAAGUUAUUGAAUGAAGAGUCCCAGAGGAUAAGUUUUCUAAUGACGCCACCUCUCCUUAGAUUCUCUUUGUAACCACUUUGUGGGGUGGAGUGUUAAAAAACUGCACCGGGUUUGAUCGAUGUUGAUAAUGAUAAACAAAUUAAAUGUCUUUUUGU